UGUGUCUCUUGCCUCUAAAAAUGCAGUCAUCUCUCCUCAAACGGACAGUCCGUUCUUUCUUCUUGACUUGUCGCUGCAGGCACUUUUCCACGUCCCUUGGUGCUCAUCAUGACGUGAAAAGCCAAAAUUGCGUUAUCCUUUCCGGAAUUCAACCGACAGGCGUGCCGCAUCUAGGCAAUUAUUUUGGAGCACUUGCGAACUGGGUGAAACUCCAACGGGAGGCGGGACCGGAUGAUGUCCUGCUCUACAUGGUUGCUAGCUGGCAUGCUUUGACUCUACCGCAAGACCCAGCACAACUCGCCAACGCCAGAAAUGAUACCCUGGCUGCUCUCUUGGCCAUCGGAUUAGACCCUAAACGCUCGAUAAUAUUCCACCAGGACACGAACAGGGAUCAUGCUGAACUAGCCUGGAUAUUCAACUGCAUAUCAUCUACAGGAAUGUUGCGUCGAAUGACAACUUGGAAGUCACGACUAGCUACUUCACGUAACAUGUCCGACGACGCUGAUGUCGACGAGGGUUCGCUCAACGCCGGUUUAUUCACCUACCCUGUCCUUCAAGCUGCCGAUAUCUUGGUGUACAACUCUACUCACGUCCCAGUUGGCGAUGACCAGACUCAACACGUAGAACUAUGUCGAGAUAUCGCGGAACGAUUCAAUCAUACUUUUUCGCCCGAUUCCCCGUUAUUCACUCUUCCUGCCCUUCUGAAAACAUCUUCUAAACGAAUACUGUCUCUUCGAGAUCCUUCGUCCAAGAUGUCAAAAUCAGCUCCCGACGUAUCGUCUCGCAUCCUCCUCACCGAUGACGCCUCGCAAAUCGCGUCCAAGAUUCGAGUUGCCGUGACAGACUCCAUCCAAGGAAUUACUUACGACCCUGUCAACCGACCGGGCACGGCCAACCUCUUGACUAUUCUUGCAGCAUGCACAAAUGAGAACGUUGCCGAUGUCGCCUUGCGAUAUCAAGACAAGAAUCAUGGCCAUAUCAAACGCGACCUUACAGAAGUAGUCGAGGAAACAUUGAAAGGACCCAGGAUAGAGUUUGGGAGAUUGCGGAAGGAUGCAGCAUAUCUUCGUGAAGUUGCUCUAGAUGGUGCGGCCAGGUCUGCCGAGAGGUCAGAGGCUGUGAUGAGGAAAGUUAGAGAGGCCAUUGGAUUGCCGUCUUUCAUAUAGCUUGAAUGCAUCCAUCUACUUGUUGCUAGAGCUCAUUGAUUGCCCUGAAAAAUCCUCCAUUGUAUGACGCAUUGAUCAAUAGUACAGGACGGAGAGCCC